AUGAUCCCGUCGAGAGUUUGGGCCGGGCUUUUCUGGGUUCUGGCCGCUGUUUCGGCCGACCAUUUCUUGCGGGAUCCCGCCUUUUUGGACGAUGAAGUUCAUGGAGAACGAGUGAAGAGAGCGUUGCCAGAAUGGCAGAGCAAGUUGAGAGAGAAGGCCGAGAAUUUCGGGCAAAGUGAGAAGGAGUUGGAGACGGUGCAAAUGUACUUGGCGAAACUGAAUGACAUAGCGGAGGAUAGGCAUCAAACCAAAGAGUCGGUAGGUGAUAAAUCUUUGAUUAUAAUACAGGUAUUUUGUGGUUGUUUUUUUUUGAGCCUUCCUGUGGGCUAGAUUCUGAGCAAUAUCGCAUACAAUGUACUCUUUACAUACCGGAAAUUUUUUGGAAAAUUUUGGAUGUUUAUUAUGAAAAAUUUGAGUUCGCCUAAAUCAUCAAUCAUUGAUGUCCAUUGCCCCGAAUUCUAUUCUCUUUUCCUUCCAGAACCAAGUCCGUAGCCAGCUGGACGCCUGGAAUCGGGAUCGCCAACAUGAUGACAUCUCCAAACACACCAAGCCCGAGGAAAGUCGGCGACACUUCCAAGGUAAAGGAAUGGGCGAACCUGUUCUUCUUUAUUGACUCAUAACUUUUAAGUUGAGGUCUCUAAGUCGACGACUAUAUUACUUUGUAAAUCUAUAGUGUCAGAACAUUUUUAUUUGAUUUUUUCUGGCUUUUAAAAUGAAAGAUAAACAUAUUUUAGGUGACAUUGUCCUUACGGCUGAUCAAGCCGAAGAAUUUUAUGAAAGAGUGGCCGGACAAGGGAAACGAAGGGUCAAAAGGAAGUUUAUUGGCAGCAAAGUGAGAAGAUGGGACCCAACAAAGCCCAUUAUCUACAGUUUUGAUGGAUCGCACAGUAAGCAAAAUUUAUUUGAAUUUUUUAAAAAUUUAUAAAAAAACAAGCAUUUUGCUUUUUAAUAAUAGAAAUUCAACUAAUUUAGUGAACAAUUUGAUUAAAACAACGUAUUUUACUCUAACCGGUACUGAAUUUUCGCUUUUUUUAAACUUUUCUCAGCACAGUGCAUGAACAAAAAAAUUUUUUGAUUGCAUAGCACAGCCAAGUUUAUUUUUUUUUGCCCAUAUAUUUUUCAUGGCAUACUAAGCCCAUGGGUAACAAUUACAAAAGCGAAAGCGGAAAGUAUCGGAUACUUUUUACGUCGUAAAUCCAUAAAACCUAAUUCUCAGCCGGCUAUUUUCGGUUACGCAUUGCUUUUUACGGUUUUCCGGUUACAGUUGGGGGAAAGUAAGGGAAGUAACUGUAAAUUAUGAUUUUUUUAUAACCUACUCUCUAAUUAAUCGUAAUAUAGCAAAAUAUCGGUGCUGAAAUCAUAUUUUCAGCUAAAAAAUAAACAAAAUUUUCAAUAUUUUCCAUAUAAAAAUACUGUUUUUUUUUGAUCUCAAAAUUAUUCUCAAUUUAAUUCCCAGCUUAUAGCCAAGAAAGAGCAGAAAGUCAUUGAGUUGGCCCUGGAGCAUUGGCAUAACAUUACGUGUUUGAAUUUCGAGCGACGAGAAGGAGAGCCCAAGGGGAAUCAGCUGGUCUUUACGGACGUUGAUGGCUGCGCUUCCAAUGUGGGAAAACAUCCAUUGGGAGAGCCGCAAUUUGUCUCACUGGGACCGGAAUGCAUCCGGGUAGGUUGGUGGUAAAAUACGGACUGCAGUAGGAUCCAGACCAGCACCUUGACAAGCAAUCCAAAUGUGUUUGAACUCGUGGUUGCUUGUCAAGGUGCUGGUCUGGGUCCUACUCUGCAUUCUUUGUGUUAAUAUUCAAGGAAAUCUAGCGAAGAAAGCAAAUCGCUUAACGAAGAGCCCUUAUCUUUUCUGUAAAUUUCUUUGGCAAUUUUUACGAGGUAUCGCUUAGAUUUUUGAAAAUGGACCUAAAAAAUAAACACUACGACUUCAAUUUUUUUUACCUUUGCGUUUUGCUGCCGCAGCCUAAUUAUUCAACAAUUUUUUAUACACAAGAGUACUAGUCGCGCCAUAAAGUCCGUAGAAUUUUUUUCGCCGACGUCGCGGGUGCAAUCGCCGAAAAGUGCAUGUCGCUAGUGCAAAAACGGGGAAUCGCCGCGGUGCGUGCGAAAAAAAGGGUUGAAUGCACUGUGCAAAUUCUACGGACUUUAUGUCGCGACUAGUACAUAAAACAAUGACAGACGGGCUACUUGCCCUUCCGGAAAGUCGGCGGACUGAUUUUUGGCGUGUGCACUGUGCGAAAAACGUCUGGGUGCGAGCGAUAACCGAAAAAAGUCGAUUGCACGGUGCAAAAAGCAAAAAAUUGCACAGUGCAAAGAAAAGUUUUGUUUUUGCACAGUGCGUGUCGCCGAUUUCAAUUCGGCGACAUUCUGGAAAGGUUUGUAAAAAUGUUUUCUUUGCGAAUUUUGAGCAGAAAAAUAAGGUGCAUUUCAGAAGUUUGGGGCUCAUUUCUUUUUUUUUCUAUCGACUGGUUAGGUCCGAAACAUUUGUUUCUUUAGCCGAGUCUUGUCAUUACCGAUAAUUUCUGGUCUACGAAGACAGGUGGAUUGAUAUGUGGCCUUAGUAAACCCUAAAAAAUGUUACAAAAAUUAUGCAAGCAUUUUGUAACAUCCUCUUUUUUCAAUAGCAACAAGUCUUUUAAUGACGACGAUUGAACAUCCGACGCCAUAACGAAAAAUAUAUUUAAAAAUCGGGCAAAAAUAAACUUUUUGAACCCCCAAAACAUUCUAUGACCAUUACUCAGGAAGAAUAAAUAAGCUAUAUCUUUCUCAGCUAGGAGUCAUCGCCCAUGAAGUCGCCCACGCCCUCGGAUUUUGGCACGAACAGUCGCGGCCAGACCGCGACUUCUUCGUCAACGUUCGUUGGGACAACAUUGACAAAGACAGUAAGGGCCAAUUUCUGAAGGAACAGCCGGUUGAUGUGGACAAUGGAGGGGUACCCUACGACUAUGGGAGUAUUAUGCAUUACCGAUCCAAGGCGUUCGCCCGUUUCGAUGAUUUGUACACGUUAAGCACGUUUGUGAAUGAUUAUCAACGAACAAUUGGGCAGAGAGAUCAGCUUUCUUUUAAUGACAUUCGAUUGAUGAACACGAUUUAUUGCAAAAAUACAUGUCCGAAGAAGUUGAAUUGCCAAAGAGGAGGGUAUACGGAUCCAAGACAUUGCGAUAAAUGCAGGUGUCCCGAUGGAUUUACGGGAACGGUAAGUCGUUUGAUAUAAAAAUUAAAGUGAAAAUGACCAGAAAGGAGUAUGAUGAGGAUGCUAAAUUUCUCUCAAGACAUGAAGUUUUAUCAUUUUUGGGCCUUUCACAUCUCCAGGAAGUAUAAUAUAUACUAUAUGUAUUUUUUGUUAAAAAAUUUCAAAAAUUAACUCAGUACUUACACCAGGCCAAAAAUGUUAUUCUUGACGCCUCAAAAAAAUCACUAACUAAAUUUUUUAGUUAUGUGACGAAGUGAUGACCGGCUAUGGCGCUGAGUGCGGAGGAAAAGUCCGAGUCACCGAAAACUGGCUUCAAUUCGGUUCGCCGGGAUACCCCAAAGAAUUCAAGGAGGGACAAGAGUGCUCUUGGCUGUUCACAGCGCCCAAGGGACAACACGUUUUGAUGCAAUAUGUCGAUGAAUUUGAAAUGUAUUGCAAGAUACGACAUUCUCUUUGCAUGGACUAUGUGGAGGUCAAGAAUACCACCGAUUUUGCAAAUACUGGAAUGAGGUGAGGCUGAAGGGGAUCUCAAGGAAAAAAUCGGUGGAUUUAAGGUUCUAAAUUUGCCUUGAAGGCUUUAAACCUCAAAAAAUUUCAAAGAAACCUUGAAAAAAUAAUUUUGUUCACCUUAUUUUAGAUACUGUUGCAAUGGCACUCCAAAAUCGUCAAUAAUCUCAGCGACUGAAGACAUGGUGGUCCUCUUCCGUUCAUUCUAUCGAAGUGGAAAGGGAUUCCAAGCCCGAGUCAAGGCCGUUCCGCACACUGGUUCGUGGAGUUCAUGGUCGUCCUGGUCCGAAUGCACCGCUUCUUGUGGCGCCUGUGGCAAUCGUCGGCGCUCACGACAAUGCACACCCGCCAACGCUUUUUGUUUGUCAGUGUUUUUGAUUUGGAAAUGGGGAUCUUUUUUCUCGUCUACUCAAGUUAUUUUAUCAGAACAUACCAAACUUGCAACCGGCUUUGCCCACGAGAAAAUGAAUGAGGGAGAGCGGUCAGAAAGAAGCGCUUUUUGACCAUAUUUUUUACAAUUUCGCGCAAAUUUUUUUUAGUCAAAAGGUUGCUUACAGUAGAAAUAUUGUUGCAGCUUUUCAAACUAUGCCAGAUCAAAGGCCCUAAGGCUCCAAUUUUUAUAAGAUUUUUGCCCAAUUUUAAAAAUUAAAUUUUUCAAAAUUCCUGUAGGUCCCUCAACUUUCUAUUUAUCAUCAUUUUACCCUCACACUAGGGUGUUCAAACCUCAUAACCCCCUAAAAAUCUAAAAAAUUCUUUUGUUGAUUUAUUUUGUUUUCGCUUUCCUCACAGUCCCGUCUACAACAGCACUCAAUUACUUAUUUAUUUUUUCACUACAAUGCCAAUUGUUUUGUCGCCUAUAGUUCACUAAUUGAUCAUUUACAGAGGUGAGGAUAUCGAGACGGAGGUUUGCAACACAGCGCCUUGUAAGGGACUCUGCAGCCGGAAACGUGUCGAAGAGGCGCCCUGCACCGGCUUCCUCUCUCUUCUCAAGGGAGUGAAGUGCAAAACGUAAGUUUAGAGAGACUAGUUUUUCUAUGAUUGACAAUGGACGUAAAUUUGGCAAAAAAAAAUCAGCAUUUUUUGAAUUUUUGAAAUUAAAAAAAUUUUUCAAAAACACAAAAUGAAAAAAAAGUAAAAACUUUUUGUUAAAGUCUCAUUUUUGCAGACAAAAAAUAACUUUUUACACAUAAUUUGAGUGGAACAGUGAUUACUCAACAAUUUAUAAUCUUUUUAGACAUCUUAUUGUUAACGUAUCACUAUACUUUUUCAGCGAGAAAACGCGAAUGGAAGAGUGUGACGAGAUCUGUUGUUCCGGCUUUCAAUUGAUGGACGGGGAGUGCAAACGUUGA